AUGGGCACCUUCAAAGGCCAUGCAAUACCCGGGACCUUCCUCUUCAUUUUUGGAACAUGGUGGACUUUUGCGGUAUGGCGGAACUACGUCCGCAGCAGGCAGAACAAGCAACGCUACGCAUGCCGUUGCUCGUACCCGGUACCCGGUGUGCCCCGGAAAUUCAGCAUAGAAGGCAUCUUCAAGAUCGUCGCCUGCACCUACGGUAUUGCCAGCGAGUCUCGUGCUAUGACAGAAGGCGCCUACUCCGAAAACGGCGCUAUCAUUCAGCACAAUUCUAUGUACGCGUUUUACCUGCUCAACGGCGUCGUGGACGUCUUGUACAACGCCGGAUUCCCAUUCCCGCAGCACACGGACUACGUGGCGAUGUUGCUCGCCGUGACCUCCGAGGGCCUGCUCUUCUACUUCCACGUGCACGGAAGGGCGCACCUCGACGUCAUGGUGCACACGCUCUUGGUUUGCACCAUAGUUGCCGUGGUGAUCUGCAUCGUAGCCGAGAUGUGUCGGCCCCGAAGCGUCCUGGCGUCCCUGGGUCGAGCGUACUUUUGCCUCCUGCAAGCCACGUGGAUGUGGCAGGUCGCCUUCAUCCUCUACAACCCGGUUCCCGGACACAAUCCCUGGGACGUGCACAGCCACAUGGACAUGAUGCUGGCUGCCAGCGUAUUCGCGUGGCACAUGAUGGCUGUGCUGGUCUACGUUGGCACGUUGGGCGCUGUGGCAUGGGCGGUGAACCGAACGUGCGGCAGGUUCUGCCGAUACGUCAUCUCCGGGGAUGCGGAGGACGCCGACGACUUCCGUCAAGUGUUCGUAAAGCGUGACAUGUGA